AACAAAAAAAAAAAAAGAAAAGAAAAGGAAGUUGUUGCCGUUUUGGACGAGCAGUGAGCGUCUCAGCCGGGUUUUAGAGAAGUGGAUUUUAACAGCUAUUGUUUAACAGCGGUGGAUGUGAAAAAUCACAGCCUGGGCGAUGAAAGGCGCCAAGAGGAGGACUGCAGUCAGCACAAUGUGGUAAGGAGUUUGUUUGCUUUUGAGGAGUUCACAUAGACGCAUGCAUCCCCUUAGAGCAGGUGUGUUGUGUUUUCCUGAAUGCUGGGAAUCACAGCCGGAAGACCUGACGGCCUCAACAAGGGAACCCUGACCUCACUAGUUUUUGGAAAUGGAUCGGCCGCUGCACGGAGGACAGUCGUCCCGGUGCUGCUGUUCUCGCAGCACCCUGCAGUCCUUGCUGCCCAUUCUCUCCUGGUUACCCAAGUACAGGGUGCGGUACCUGCAGAUGGACCUGUUGGCGGGCCUCACUGUCGGACUGACCACCGUGCCGCAGGCUCUUGCUUACGCUGAAGUGGCGGGACUUCCUGUUCAGUACGGACUCUACUCUGCCUUCAUGGGCGGCUUCAUCUACACACUCCUGGGGACAUCCAAGGACGUGACACUGGGUCCAACAGCCAUCAUGUCCCUCCUGUGUUUCUCUGUGGUGGGCGGCCAGCCUCACCGGGCCGUCCUGCUCAGCCUCCUCUGUGGAGUCAUCCAGGCCGUCAUGGCGUUACUCAGAUUGGGAUUCCUGCUGGAUUUCAUCUCUUACCCUGUAAUUAAAGGCUUCACCUGCGCUGCUGCAAUCACCAUCGGCUUCGGCCAGGUCAAAAAUAUUCUGGGAAUCCGGGAUGUUCCCCACCAGUUCUUCCUGGAGGUUUACUACACCUUCCACAAGAUCCCAGAGGCCAGAGUGGGCGACGUGAUCCUGGGCCUGGUUUGUCUUGCUCUGCUGAUCACGCUGAUGUUCAUCAAGUCACAUCCGGGCUCUGACCAUGGAUCGUCAGUCUACUCCAGAUUUGCCAGGAAACUGGUGUGGACUGUGGCCACCAUGCGUAAUGCACUGGUGGUCGUGGCUGCGACUCUGGUGGCGUUUUCCUGGGACGCUUUUGGACAUCAUGUGUUCACCAUCACUGGCCACACGACUCAGGGACUCCCACCGUUCAGCCCUCCGCCCACGUCGGACACCACGUCCAACGGCACUGUCGUCCCUUUUAGAGAGAUUAUAGAGGACUUUGGAGGAGGACUGGCUGUGAUCCCUCUCAUGGGUCUGUUGGAGAGCAUUGCUAUCGCCAAAGCUUUUGCGAGUCAGAACAACUACAGGAUUGAUGCCAACCAGGAGCUGCUGGCCAUCGGCAUGACCAACAUCAUGGGCUCCUUCGUGUCAGCGUACCCCGUCACCGGCAGCUUCGGACGGACAGCGGUGAACUCUCAGACGGGGGUUUGCACCCCAGCUGGAGGCAUCGUCACCAGUGUGAUCGUGCUGCUGUCGUUGGCCUUCCUCAUGCCGGCUUUUUACUACAUCCCUAAAGCUUCUCUGGCUGCCGUCAUCAUCUGCGCGGUGGCUCCUAUGGUUGAUUACCGUGUCGUAAUAAAGAUGUGGAAGAUACAUCGGUUGGACCUGCUUCCUUUUGGGGUGACAUUCCUGUUGAGCUUCUGGGAAGUGCAGUACGGUAUCAUCGGAGGUGUGGCCGUCUCUGGAGCCCUGCUGCUGUACGCCAUGGCCAGACCCAAGAUGAAGGUGUCUGAUCACGGCGUAUUAGUGAUCGAGUUGAGCAGUGGGCUCAGUUUCCCUGCUGUGGAGCAUCUGAGCCACUUCAUACACACUCAGGCUCUGCAGACCUGUCCCCCGAAGUCUGUGGUGUUGGACUGCCAUCAUGUGAGCAUCAUAGAUUACACAGUGAUCAGCGAGCUGAAGGAUCUGCUCAGGCAGUUCCAACUGAGAAAGGUCCAGCUUAUGUUUUUAAGACUGCAGCCCGGAGUUCUGAAGGUUCUCCUUGCUGCUGAUCUGCAAGGCUUCAGAUACGCUGACAGCAUGGAAGAGGCGCUGCAGAUGGAGUCAGCGAGCCUUCUCAGCGACUAAAACCCGACCUGAUGGACCUCCGCCUGCAGAGGAGAUGUUUGAGACAGCUGAUCAUUUCUCACAUGGGAUUUUUAAAACACGAUACUGACAAUCGAAGGAACCUCUCAGAAACAUGCACUUAAGAUUUUAUCUGCUAAAUGUGUGUUAUCGCCUUUACCUAAAUUAACAUUCCAUUAUAUUUGAGGAGAGGUUUGACACCUCUCCUCAUUGUCAUUACAUUUAGCUAUCAUAUUUUUUCCUUUUCUUCCAUUGACCAAGUCAGAUUUUAAGAAUUAAAAAAGUGGAAAAACAUGCAAGUGAUGCUUCAAGAAAAACUAAUAUUAAAUAAUUAUGUAUUUUCUUAACUUAUGAAGGAUUUUAGGGAAAGAUAAAUAUUUUCUUUACGUGGAUGGAGAAGUUCUGUCUAAGUGAAAUAAUACAUAAAUGUCUUUGACAGAUUCCAUAUUUUUUACUAGAAUUUAUAUCAAAUAAACACAUAAUUUUGUUUUUGUUA